AGAGCAGCAACGACAGCCGCAGAGAUUGGAUUGUAUAAAGAUUUCUGAUUCAGUGUCGAGCAUAUAGAGUCAUGGCGUUCCGAGGCAAAAAUGCAGUGGUCACGGGUGGUGCCGGAGGAAUAGGUCUACAAGUGGCCCGGCAGCUGCUGGCAGCAGGAGUCGCGAAAUUAGCCAUCAUUGAUAUACAGGAUAAUCUGGAGGAGUUUGUCAAGCUGCGCUCCGCGCAUCCCACGCAAAGCGUCAUGAUCAUCAAAAUGGAUGUGGCCAACAAGAAGGGCGUGGAGGCCACCUACGAGGAGAUCAAGAAGACCUUCGGCAACAUUGACAUUGUGGUCAACGUGGCGGGCAUAUUCAAUGACAAGGAUGUCCAACGCACGCUGUUGGUCAAUCUGGGUGGCAUCAUCAACUCUACUUUGAGCGCUUUGCAGUACAUGAGCAAAGAGAAUGGCGGCAAUGGAGGGAUUGUGCUUAACAUGAGCUCCGUCGUGGGUCUCGAUCCAAUGUUUAUCAUACCAGUUUAUGGUGCCACCAAAGCAGGCAUCAUUAACUUUACGCGCUGCCUGGGUAACGACAAGUUCUACCAACGCUCGGGCAUUAAGUUUGCCACAGUUUGUCCGGGUGCCACCAUGACGGAUAUGUUUACCAAUUUCACGGAGAAAAUCAUUUUCCCAGAGACCAGCGAUGAGACGUACAAGAUUUUGGAUCGCCUGAGCAAACAGAGUGCCACGGAUGUUGCGCGCUGCAUGCUCAAUGUGCUGGAGAAGGAGAAGAACGGCGCCGUGUAUGUCAUUGAGGGCAAACGCAUCAUACCCUUGGAGAUAAAGCCCCUCUGGACGGGCAAGGAGCCGGCGCUCUAAGGGAAUAGGCACAUAGCUGAAGCACAGACAUAUGAUUAUU